GCGUGGGGAGGCAGGCCGGGCGCGCACGCUGCUGCCUGUACCGCCGCGCCAGCCGCCGCCGGGACGGGAAGUGAGCCGCCCGGGCCCGCAGUGCCAGCAAGCCGGUGAGAGCGUCCCCCAGCCGCCGCACCCGGGGCGAAGCAUGGCGGCCGCCAAGGUGGCUUUAACCAAGAGAGCAGAUCCAGCUGAGCUUAGAACAAUAUUUUUGAAGUAUGCAAGCAUUGAAAAAAAUGGUGAAUUUUUCAUGUCUCCCCAUGACUUCGUCGCUCGAUAUUUGAACAUUUUUGGAGAAAGCCAGCCUAAUCCAAAGACUGUGGAGCUUUUAAGUGGUGUGGUGGACCAGACCAAAGAUGGAUUAAUAUCCUUUCAAGAAUUUGUAGCAUUUGAAUCUGUGCUGUGUGCCCCGGAUGCUUUGUUCAUGGUGGCCUUUCAGCUGUUUGACAAAGCUGGCAAAGGAGAAGUUACUUUUGAGGACGUUAAGCAAGUUUUUGGACAGACCACAAUUCAUCAACAUAUUCCGUUUAACUGGGAUUCAGAGUUUGUGCAGCUGCAUUUUGGAAAAGAAAGAAAAAGACGCCUGACAUAUGCGGAAUUCACUCAGUUUUUACUGGAAAUACAAUUGGAGCAUGCAAAGCAAGCCUUUGUGCAAAGGGACAACGCCAGGACUGGAAAAGUCACGGCCAUUGACUUCCGAGACAUCAUGGUCACCAUCCGCCGCCACGUCUUGACACCUUUUGUAGAAGAAUGUCUAGUAGCUGCUGCUGGAGGUACCACGUCCCAUCAAGUUAGUUUCUCCUAUUUUAAUGGAUUUAAUUCACUUCUUAACAACAUGGAACUCAUUAGAAAGAUCUACAGCACUCUGGCUGGCAACAGGAAAGAUGUGGAGGUGACUAAGGAGGAGUUUGUUCUGGCAGCUCAGAAAUUUGGUCAGGUUACACCCAUGGAAGUUGACAUCUUGUUUCAGUUAGCAGAUUUAUAUGAGCCACGGGGGCGGAUGACUUUAGCAGACAUUGAACGAAUCGCUCCUCUGGAAGAGGGAACUCUGCCCUUAAACUUGGCUGAGGCCCAGAGGCAGGCGGAAGACCUUUUCUUCUUCCCUAAAUCUCGUAGUGAGAGAUGUGGGGAAAGACUCCUGUUUCGGUGUCGCUGUCCCCAGAGAAGCGGCGCGUUGUUAAAUGAACGCGGUCCUUGCUCCGCGGAGAGGUACUUCGUCAAUUAUUUGAUUUUAGCUGUCGGAGCCACUGCCGUGUAUCCUAUUGAUCUUGUAAAAACUCGAAUGCAGAACCAGCGAUCAACUGGCUCUUUUGUGGGAGAACUUAUGUAUAAAAACAGUUUUGACUGUUUUAAGAAAGUGCUACGCUAUGAAGGCUUCUUUGGACUGUAUAGAGGUCUGUUGCCGCAGUUAUUGGGAGUCGCCCCAGAGAAGGCCAUAAAACUCACAGUGAAUGAUUUUGUGAGGGAUAAAUUUAUGCACAAAGAUGGUUCGGUCCCACUUGCAGCAGAAAUUCUUGCUGGAGGCUGUGCAGGAGGCUCACAGGUGAUUUUCACAAAUCCUUUGGAAAUCGUCAAGAUCCGUUUGCAAGUGGCUGGAGAAAUCACCACUGGUCCCCGAGUCAGUGCGCUGUCUGUCGUAAGGGACCUGGGGUUUUUUGGGAUCUACAAGGGUGCCAAAGCCUGCUUUCUGCGGGACAUUCCUUUCUCAGCCAUCUACUUCCCGUGCUACGCUCAUGUGAAGGCUUCCUUUGCGAAUGAAGAUGGGCAGAUUAGCCCUGGAAGCCUGCUCUUAGCUGGCGCCAUCGCUGGUAUGCCUGCAGCAUCCUUAGUGACCCCUGCUGAUGUUAUCAAGACACGAUUACAGGUGGCCGCUAGGGCUGGCCAAACCACUUACAGCGGAGUGAUAGACUGCUUUAGGAAGAUUCUGCGGGAAGAAGGCCCAAAAGCUUUGUGGAAAGGAGCUGGUGCUCGCGUGUUUCGAUCCUCACCCCAGUUUGGUGUAACUUUACUGACGUAUGAAUUGCUACAGCGAUGGUUCUACAUCGAUUUUGGAGGAGUGAAACCCGUGGGAUCAGAGCCAGUUCCUAAGUCGAGGAUCACACUGCCUGCUCCCAAUCCUGAUCACGUUGGGGGCUACAAACUGGCAGUUGCCACAUUUGCGGGGAUUGAAAACAAAUUUGGACUUUACCUACCUCUCUUUAAGCCAUCAGCAUCUACCUCAGAAGUUGUCAGUGGAGGCCCGUAGGCAGACCACCCCUGGGAUACUGUGUAGCUUUGUUGUUACUGCGGUAAAGCACACCUCAUCUCGAACUGAAGCAACGUUUCAUUCCUUUCACUUCCAUCUCCUGUUUAAAUUCAAGUCAAGGCUUUUUAUAAGGUGAAAGCAUUCCUUUUCUGUGUGUUAUCUUAACCAAAUCAUUGUAAAAUUAU